AUGCUUCAUGCCCGCCUGCGGCCUCUGCCCCGCCGCAAUCCCACGCCUAUAGAAGCUGCUCCCGCACCCGAUUUCCAGGAGGACACAGACCCUGACGGCGAAGAAGACCCCGAAGACCUCUUCAGUGCGUUUUUGCCAUAUCUUUUUCCCGACGAUGCCCCGGCUUUCCAUGGCGAUCCCGGGCAGCAUCUUGCCUAUGCCUCUCCGCGCUAUGGCGAUCUCGAGAUCAUGGUCCCCUCGUACCCGGCCCAGAGCGACAAGCACUCGGAGGAGAUUGCUGCGGGGCUAGAAAAGAAGGACGGCGAAGUCAACCAAGUGGAGGAGGGGCGCCGCUUGUUUGCGCAUUUUUUGUGGAGUGCUGCUAUGGUCGUUGCGGAGGGUGUGGAGGAUGCUGACUUCCCCGCAUCCGAGGUGGCGUCCGCUUCAGACGCGAAGAAGGAGGCCCGUGGGAUCUGGAAUGUGGAGGGCGAGACUGUACUGGAGCUUGGUGCUGGCGCCGCUCUUCCGUCUCUCAUCUGUGCCUUGGGAAAUGCCUCGAGGGUUACGGCCACUGACCAUCCAUCCUCGCCCGCCCUGGCCGGCGCAAUCCAAUUUAACAUGGAACAUAACCUACGCAACCGAUCCUCAUCGACCAAUGUGACAAUUGAGCCUCACGAAUGGGGGGAGAAUAAGGGUGCUUUCACCCGUAUAGUAGCCGCGGACUGCUUCUGGAUGCGCUCGCAGCACGAAAAUCUUGCCCGCACAAUGCAAUGGUUCCUCGCCCCAGGCGGGAAAGUAUGGGUCGUGGUCGGGUUCCACACAGGGCGCCCUAUUGUCGCGGGAUUUUUCGAGAUCGCGCUGGCGAAUGGCUUCGAAAUUGAGCUCAUCUUCGAACGAGAUCUGGUCUCGCGGACGGAGGACGAUCAAGAGGUCAGAAGGGCUUGGAUGCCUCAUCGUGAAGGCGAGGGCCCUGAAAAUCGCAAACGCUGGUGUGUAAUUUCAGUUUUGAAGCGGAAAGGAGAAUAG